AUGGUUCUCCUUGAAGAGGAAUUGGACAAACUUGAGGAGCGCUGCAAAGUUGCGACUGAAAAAAUGGAGGAGGCUACCGUCAACUGCGACGAAUCUGAGCGUGAACGCAAAGCAAUGCUUCAACGUGCUACUGUCGACGACGACCGUUGCGCGGAGUUGGAAGCACGGUUGCGCGAAGCACAGUCUAUUCUACACGAAGCAGAAGCGAGGGCUGAUGAGGUUUUGAUGUUUAUUUUUGAAGCUUGCUGUGUUUUGCUUUAA